AGAGGGUGUAGCUGCAAUUAGGAUCACAGGUUUAUAAUAUUAGUAUUUAACUGUUCGAGCCAUUUGUGGAGUAUUGGUUUCCAAGUGGGUUUUUCGUUUUCAAAGUAGGAAAUAUUAUUGAACGAGAAGCAUGUUAAGAUCUGUACCAUCAGGAAAGACGAAUAAGGUGAUUGUGUGUGGCUUUCAAGGUUGUGGCAAAACAGCCAUUCUGGAGCAGCUUAUAUACGGAAACUGGAACUUAGAAAAGAAUAUCCACCCCACUAUAGAGGAUGUGUACAGUGCCAUCGUCGACAAUGACAGAGGUGGAAAAGAAAAGAUAUACUUCUAUGAUACUGCUGGUAUGAAACCCUCCCACUGUGAAAUCCCAAGGGCCUAUUUAACAGCUGCUGAUGGGUUCGUCUUGGUUUACGCUAUAAAUAAUGCCGAAUCCUUCAGUAUUUUGGAUCAAAUCAAGAAAGAUAUUGACAAAAACAAAGAUAAGAAGGAUGUGUCAAUGAUUGUAUUAGGCAACAAACUGGAUUUACAGAGAGACCGACAAGUGACCUUGGACACAGUAAAAAACUGGGCAUUGAAAGAGAAAGUGAAACACUAUGAAGUAAGUGCUGCGGAGAGAAGAACACUGUUGGAACCUUUUAUUUACCUGGCAUCAAAGAUGAACCCCCCACCAGGGAAAUCUGGAUUUCCCCAGUUGGGAAGAAAAGGAAAAGCAGGUAACAUCACCAUGGAGCUUUGAGUUGGGAUCUGGUAACAUCACCAUGGAGCUUUUCAGUUGGGCAUAAGAAGAUACACCGUUACUUGGAGACUGGUUACGUAACCUUAGAGCUAUUCACUCAAUUUUGUUACAAUGAAAAUAUAAAUACGAACUGGUUAGGUAUACAUAUGAUGAAUUUUGCUUUUAUUUAAAGUAUCUCUAAUUGAAUUGGAUAUUUUAUAUAAUUCUAUCAAAGCACGGUCUUAUUUAUUAUAUUCAAAUUAGUUAAGCUACUACUAUAGUAAUAGUGCCCAGGGUUUAUUGUUCCUUUCUAUUUAACAUCAACACACUCCCCCUAGUGAGAGAGUUGAGGUUUAUGGCAAGUUCCUUAUUAAAUCUAUUAGAUAUGAAGCCCAUUACAAAAGGCUUAACUAAUGGGUGAAAACUACCAAGAAUUUAGCAUGUUGUGCCAGGCUUAAGAACUCAACAGUGGCAUUUAAUAAAAAGGUAAGAAAACCAGAAUUUCAAAGUUA